CCAACCGGAAGCGCGGAUUGAUUCCUCCAUGGCCAACAAGGGCGGAUAGAAAAAAGGGAGAAAUCAGACGAGUCCUUAUUAAAUAAUAAGCCAUUAAGCAUCGACCGGAAUUUGUCAAUAGGAAGAGGAAAGCGUUCAAAUUUUAAACUGAGUGAUUCUCCGCUGGAAGAAGGGAUUAUUCUGAGGAAUAUGGGAUCUACCUUCAGGGUCCUUACCUGCUGGGCACCGUAAUGGUGCUACCUAUCCCAGCUGAGCACUUCGCUUCCCUCUGAAGGAGCAGGAUGACAAGAUGGCACAGCUGCUUAUACCGCCCGGACCUGACAGCUUCCGCCCCUUCGUCCCCGAGUCGCUGGCCGCCAUCGAAAGGCGCAUCGCCGAGGAGGAGGCCCGGAGACCACGGGUGGAGCGCCGCAGCGACAGCGACGAUGAAAAUGGGCCCAAGCCCAACAGCGAUGUGGAGGCGGGGAAAUCUCUCCCCUUCAUUUAUGGGGACAUCCCUCCCGGCCUGGUGUCCACCCCUCUGGAGGACAUCGACCCCUACUAUAGCAGUCAGAAGACCUUCAUAGUAUUGAAUCGUGGGAAGGCAAUCUUCCGUUUCAAUGCCACUCCUGCUUUGUACAUCCUAAGUCCCUUCAAUCCUCUGAGGAGGAUAGCUAUUAAAGUUUUAGUGCACUCGAUGUUCAGCAUAUUGAUCAUGUUCACGAUCCUGACCAACUGUGCUUUCAUGACCCUCAGUAAUCCCCCAGAUUGGGCCAAGAAUGUAGAGUACACAUUUACGGGGAUUUACACCUUUGAGUCCCUUAUAAAGAUCCUGGCCAGGGGCUUCUGUGUGGGGAAGUUCACUUUCUUGCGAGACCCGUGGAACUGGCUGGACUUCAGUGUUAUCCUCAUGGCAUAUGUCACAGAGUUUGUGGACCUGGGCAAUGUCUCAGCACUGCGAACCUUCAGGGUUCUGCGAGCCCUGAAAACUAUAUCAGUCAUCCCAGGUUUGAAGACUAUUGUUGGUGCACUGAUCCAGUCAGUGAAAAAGCUGUCAGAUGUGAUGAUCCUCACCGUGUUCUGUCUCAGUGUCUUUGCCCUCAUCGGCCUCCAGCUCUUCAUGGGCAACCUGAGGCAGAAGUGCGUGCGCAUUCCUUUGGGCAGCAACACAACUUUGAACAACACACAUGAAAGCAACAACACAUUGGUGGAGAACAUCACAUUGGUGGAGAACGUCACAUUCAUGGAGAACAUCACAAAAAACUCCUUCGACUGGAUAGAGUACAUCAACGAUGAGAGAAAUUACUAUUACCUCCCUGGCCGUAGGGAUGCUCUGCUCUGUGGAAAUGGCAGUGGUGCUGGGGUCUGCCCAGAGGGCUUUUCGUGUAUGAAAGCAGGUCGCAAUCCAGACUACGGCUACACCAGCUUUGACACCUUCAGCUGGGCCUUCCUGUCCUUGUUCCGCCUCAUGACUCAAGACUACUGGGAAAACCUCUACCAGCAGACUUUGCGUGCAGCAGGGAAGCCCUACAUGAUCUUCUUUGUGCUGGUGAUCUUCCUGGGAUCUUUUUACCUGGUCAACCUGAUCUUGGCUGUGGUGGCCAUGGCUUAUGACGAGCAAAACCAGGCCACCAUUGAGGAGGCCCAGCAGAAAGAGGAGGAGUUCCAGGCUAUGCUGGAGCAGCUGAAGAGACAGCAGGAGGAGGCACAGGUUGCCGCGGCAGCAGCCACAGAGAGCGGCGAAUACAGCGGGAGAGGAGGCCCUACCUCCGAGUCCUCCUCAGGGACAUCUAAGCUCAGCUCGAAAAGCGCCAAAGAGCGACGCAACAGGCGGAAGAAGAGGAAGCAGAGGGAGGAAGAGGAGGAGAGGGGGUGCCGUGACAAGUUCCACAAAUCUGAGUCUGAGGACAGCAUCAAGAGGUCCAGCUUCCGUUUCUCUAUUGAUGCCAACAGGCUUUCUUAUGAGAAGAGAUGCUCUUCACCCAACCAGUCUCUUCUCAGUAUCCGUGGCUCAAUCUUCUCACCUCGGAGGAACAGCCGUGCAAGUCUUUUCAGCUUCCGUGGCCGUGCGCGAGACAUGGGCUCCGAGAACGACUUUGCGGAUGACGAGCACAGCACCUUUGAGGAGAGCGACAGUCGCCGGGGCUCCUUGUUCUUGCCGCGCCGCCUCGAGCGCCGGUGCAGUGCCGUUAGCCAGACCAGCCUCGGAGCACCUCGGAUAAUGCUGCCCGCCAAUGGCAAGAUGCACUGUGCAGUAGACUGCAACGGUGUGGUGUCACUGGUCGGUGGAACUUCUGUAACAACCUCUCCUGUAGGUCUCCUGCUGCCUGAGGGGACAACUACAGAUACUGAGCUUAAGAAACGGCGGUCGGGUUUUCACCAGCCAUCUAUGGAUUAUUUAAAUGAACCAGGUGGCCGACAGAGAGCCAUGAGUGUGGCCAGUAUCCUCACCAACACCAUGGAAGAACUUGAAGAGUCGAGACAAAAAUGCCCUCCUUGCUGGUAUAGAUUUGCGAACACCUGCCUGAUCUGGGAUUGUUGUCCUGCGUGGCUGAAAAUCAAAGAGAUUGUCAGCAUGGUGGUCAUGGAUCCAUUUGUGGAUCUAGCAAUCACAAUUUGCAUAGUCCUCAACACCCUUUUCAUGGCCAUGGAGCAUUACCCCAUGACAAAAGAAUUUGAUAAUGUCCUCUCUGUGGGAAACUUGGUGUUUACGGGCAUCUUCACAGCAGAGAUGUGCUUUAAGAUUAUCGCUCUGGAUCCCUACUAUUACUUCCAGGAGGGCUGGAACAUCUUUGAUGGCAUUAUUGUUAGUCUCAGCCUGAUGGAGCUUGGCUUGGCUAACGUUGAAGGGCUGUCUGUACUCAGGUCCUUCAGAUUGCUGAGAGUCUUCAAACUAGCCAAGUCUUGGCCCACUUUGAACAUGCUCAUCAAGAUCAUCGGUAACUCUGUGGGUGCUCUAGGAAAUCUGACUCUGGUGCUGGCCAUCAUCGUGUUCAUCUUCGCUGUGGUGGGCAUGCAGCUGUUUGGGAAAAACUACAAGGAGUGCGUGUGUAAGAUUUCAGAGGACUGCACGUUGCCCCGCUGGCACAUGCACGAUUUCUUCCACUCCUUCCUUAUCGUGUUCCGGGUGCUGUGCGGAGAGUGGAUUGAGACCAUGUGGGACUGCAUGGAGGUGGCAGGACAGACUAUGUGUCUUAUCGUCUUCAUGAUGGUCAUGGUCAUUGGAAACCUGGUGGUUCUAAAUCUCUUCCUGGCUCUCCUACUGAGUUCAUUCAGUGCCGACAACCUGGCGGCAACCGAUGAGGACAGCGAGAUGAACAACCUGCAAAUUGCUGUGGGCAGGAUCCAGCGGGGCAUCGCAUUUGUCAAAAACUCAGUGCGGCAGUUCCUCCAGAGCUUGUGCUUUGGCAGGGGCGGAAAGGGCUCUGGUCUAGCUGAGGAAAGCAAACCCCUGGAUGAACUGCACAGCAAUGGCAAGGGCAACUGCAUUUCCAAUCACACAACAGUGGAAAUCACCAAAGACCCCAGUGGGGUGUACAUGAGGGAGGGCAACGGACGACCAGGAGGGCUGGUGGUUGGGGUCAGUGUAGGAGGGGACAGUACGGGAAAAUACCCAGUUGAGGACUGUGACUACAUGUCAUUUAUUCAUAACCCCAGCCUGACAGUCACGGUGCCUAUUGCUGUGGGCGAGUCAGACUUUGAGAACCUAAACACAGAAGAUUUCAGUAGCGACUCAUCUGACGUGGAGGGCAGCAAAGAGAAGCUCGACGCAGAGCCCCAGCCACUGAGCUCAUCGGAGGGGAGCACAGUCGAUAUCCGCCCCCCUGGAGAUGGGGUUGAUUCAGUGGAGCUGGAACCCGAGGAGUCACUGGACCCAGAAGCCUGCUUUACAGAGGGCUGUGUGCGCAGGUUCCAGUGCUGCCAGAUCAGUGAGGAGGGAGACAAGUUUAAGAGCUGGUGGACACUCAGGAAAACCUGCUUUAUCAUAGUAGAGCAUAACUGGUUUGAAUCCUUCAUCAUAUUCAUGAUUCUGCUGAGCAGUGGAGCACUGGCGUUUGAGGACAUUUACAUCGAGCAGCGGCGGACCAUCAAAACCGUGCUAGAGUACGCAGACAAAGUGUUCACUUACGUCUUCAUCCUUGAAAUGCUGUUAAAGUGGGUGGCAUAUGGCUUUGUCAAGUACUUCACCAAUGCCUGGUGCUGGCUGGACUUCUUAAUUGUAGACGUGUCCUUGGUCAGCCUGGUAGCAAAUGCUCUGGGCUACUCUGAGCUUAGCGCCAUCAAAUCUCUGAGGACACUGCGAGCUCUACGGCCCCUGAGGGCCCUGUCUCGGUUUGAGGGCAUGAGGGUUGUGGUGAAUGCGUUGCUGGGAGCCAUCCCCUCCAUCAUGAAUGUGUUGCUGGUCUGCCUCAUAUUUUGGCUCAUCUUCAGCAUCAUGGGUGUCAACCUGUUUGCGGGCAAGUACUACUACUGCGUCAAUGCCACCACGGAUGAGCCCUUCCCUAUCGAAGUCGUCAACAACAAGUCUGACUGCCUGAGCUUGAAUGACAGUGCCCGCUGGAAGAAUGUUAAAAUCAACUUUGACAAUGUGGGAGCUGGCUAUCUGGCUCUGUUGCAAGUGGCAACAUUUAAGGGUUGGAUGGACAUCAUGUAUGCAGCUGUGGACUCUAGGAAUUUGGAAGAACAGCCUGAUUAUGAAGUAAACUUGUACAUGUACCUCUACUUCGUCAUCUUCAUCAUCUUUGGCUCCUUCUUCACACUCAACCUUUUCAUUGGUGUCAUUAUCGACAACUUCAAUCAGCAGAAGAAAAAGUUGGGAGGUCAGGACAUCUUCAUGACUGAAGAACAGAAGAAAUACUACAAUGCCAUGAAGAAGCUGGGGUCCAAGAAGCCGCAGAAACCUAUACCUCGACCAACAAAUGCGUUUCAAGGCUGUGUCUUCGACUUCAUCACAAAGCAGGCCUUUGACAUCGUGAUCAUGAUCCUCAUCUGCCUUAACAUGGUGACCAUGAUGGUAGAGACGGAUGACCAGACGAAAGAGAUGGACAAUAUCCUGUCCUGGAUUAAUCUGGUCUUCAUUGUGCUAUUCACUGGGGAGUGUGUGCUCAAGAUGAUUUCACUGCGUCACUAUUACUUCACCAUUGGCUGGAAUAUUUUUGACUUUGUGGUGGUGAUCCUUUCGAUUGUAGGCAUGUUUUUAUCUGAAGUUAUCGAGAAGUACUUUGUGUCCCCGACACUGUUCCGAGUGAUACGAUUGGCCAGGAUAGGCCGAAUCCUCCGCCUUAUCAAAGGUGCCAAGGGCAUCCGGACGCUUCUCUUUGCCUUGAUGAUGUCACUCCCUGCCCUGUUCAACAUUGGCCUCCUCCUCUUUCUUGUUAUGUUUAUCUAUGCCAUUUUUGGCAUGUCCAACUUUGCUUAUGUCAAGCGGGAGGCAGGAAUCGAUGACAUGUUCAAUUUCGAGACCUUUGGGAACAGUAUGAUCUGUUUGUUUCAGAUUACCACCUCAGCUGGAUGGGAUAGCCUGCUGGCACCCAUACUUAACAAGAGGGAGCCUGACUGUGAGAGCCAGCUGGAGCACCCAGGCAACUUCUACAAAGGCAAUUGCGGCAAUCCAUCAGUAGGCAUCUUCUUCUUUGUCAGCUACAUCAUCAUCUGCUUUCUCAUUGUGGUCAACAUGUACAUUGCUGUCAUCCUGGAAAACUUUAGCGUGGCCACUGAGGAGAGCGCCGAGCCACUGAGCGAGGAUGACUUUGAGAUGUUCUAUGAAGUGUGGGAACGCUUUGAUCCUGAUGCUACGCAGUUUGUGGCGUACAGCAAACUCUCUGACUUUGCAGAUGCUCUGGAUCCACCUCUACGCAUACCCAAGCCUAACAUGAUUCAGCUCAUCUCCAUGGACCUGCCCAUGGUGAGCAGUGAGCGCAUCCACUGCCUCGAUAUUCUGUUUGCCUUCACUAAAAGAGUUUUGGGUGAAGGCGGUGAAAUGGACAUGUUGCGCGGACAGAUGGAGGACCGCUUUAUGGCCUCCAACCCCUCUAAGGUGUCUUACGAGCCCAUCACCACCACCUUGCGCCGCAAACAGGAGGAAAUGUCUGCUAUAAUCAUCCAGAGAGCCUUCCGGCGCUACAUGAUCCGCCUGGCCAUGAAGAAGGCCUCGGCCCUCUACAAGGAGCAGUUGAAAGAGGGCAUCCAUGACCCUGACAAGGAUGUGAUGGUCAUCAGCAAGUUCAAUGAGAACUCCACGUCAGAGAAAAUGGACAUGACCCCCUCCACAGCCUCCCCGCCAUCAUAUAACAGUGUGACAAAGUCAGAUAAGGACAAAUAUGAAAAAGAAAAUAGGGAAAGAGAAAAUAAAGCAAAAGACUUGAAAGACCGAAAGAAAUAGACUUCUUAAAAAGGAACAACAACAAAAAAAGAAUGCAUCAGAGACAUGAGGGAACUUUGUUUAAAGCUUAUAUAUAUAUGGGAUAUAUAGAUUCACAUUUGUGUUGAUUGUUCCAACAUGAGGAGUCUGUGCCAUGUAGGCAUGAAAUGGGAAUGUGGUUAUGUCAAUAUAUGGGGGAAUACGAAAACAAACUAUCCAGCAGACACUGCCAGAGUUUGAGUGGGAAACAGAACAGCCUCUCUGCAAAACGCUUGUGAUUCUCCUGUUGGUUGUUGUUACUGACACACUUGAGUGUACUGUUAAGUUUUCUGUAGCUAGUGCUGCUGCUACUACUAUAAAUCCAGUGUCUUGAAUUUAACAAUCGCUGUAUCACUUAACAAUUGCUCCACAUUCUUCUGUGAAUUUUCCCUUUUUUAGUUUUGUUUUUUAAUGCGAAAGAAUGUUUUCUACUUUGUUUUGUUUCAUUAUCGUGAGAAUGUGUCCACUGCUUUCACUGUUGUAAAAUCACCAAGGGCAGACUAAGUCAAUGCUGGAAAAUACAACAACCACCUGAAACUCGUACAGUGCAGGGUCAAUGCCAGAAUGCUCUUGGUUCAUACGGUAUACAAAGCUGAAAUAACGAACACGCCACUAAAGUGCAAUGAACAAACACAUUGCAUUUACUGAUGUACCAUCACUGAUUGUUGAAAUCUGUAUUGUUCCUAUUUCAGUAGAAAUUACAAGUCUCCAAAUACAGAGAAGCUGAAUGUAUGCAAGCAAAGGAAUGAGACGCAUUAAAGGAAACUUGUUCUUUGGGAAAUACUCUUGAUUGCUCUUUUAUAGAGAGUUUGAUGACAAAAUUGCUACCACUCCCAUUUCCAUCUGUUUAGUAUAAAGCUAGAGCCAAGGGAUUGUUAGCUGAACUGAGCAUGAAGGCCAGACUCGGGCUAAAAGUGUCAAACAUCUAGAUUUUUUGUUUGAGAAUGUAUGUAUAUAUAAAAUUGAGGUAAUUUUAGCAUACUAAUAAAAUAGCAGCAGAAGCCUUACACAAAUUCACGUAUGGAAUUGAUAAAGUCUUUAUUGGUAAAUAUCACUAUAGCUAUAACUGCUAACUGCUGUAGUUUAAACAAGUGUGACUGUCUAGUUUGUGCUGAUCGGCAUUUUGGGUACAACUGUAUUCGAGGUGGUGUGCAUUAGUCUUGGGUUGGCACUGAAAUAAUAAUUGACACUGGUUGGGAACACAGAAAACGGUUUGUUUUAUUUGGUCGUAUGUUAUUUUAAUGCAAAGUUAACAUUGUUUUAGGUGUCUUUGGUCCAAGACUAGGGUUUAAUGGGCAGUCCAGUUCCUUGACCUCCAGUUUACCACUGGAGGUCAAGGAAACAUAUUGACACAAUUAUGAAUGGUUUCACAGCUGCCAAUCCCAAGCCUAAUCAAAUAUGACAGUUUAUGUUAGCACAUAAGGCUAAUUAGCUUUUUUUUACCCCCUUUUUUACCCCCUUUUUUUACGACGAAUACUAUAAUAUAGUUUUUAUAAUGGUUCAUGUUGGAUAAUGUUAAAGGCUUCUGGAAUAAUGUCAGUGUCAGGUUAGGAUUAAAAUAUUCUAAAUGACAACAGUUGGAACCCUCGUGUUCACGAUGGGUGUCAUCUUAGUUUUAUGCAAACCUCUUCACAUAAAGUGUUACUGGACAUUGUUGACCUCCCUGAUUACAGUCUUCAUGCUAAGUUAAGCACAGUUCAUUAGUUUUUGUUUUUACCUCUCCAUAAUAUUACUUUAUUAGUAAAUGAUAAAGUUAAGUCCUGGUUUUAUCCCUUUUCCUCUACCUGUUAGUUCCUAUCCGCACACCUACCCCUACUUACAUGUUGAGACGCUGGUUCAACUCCAUAUGUCGUUUCACUAGCUGGGCCCACGUCCUCAUUUUAGGUUUGGCAGCGUUUUUAGUAGAUAAAGGCGAAUGGCUUAAUUAAGAAUUGAGCUGCGGUUUGGGGAAGGCCUCGAUGGGGACUGGCGGCGACUCCCAGGCCUGGCAGAUCCCCAUGUGAAGAAGUGAAAGACUUGGAAAAAAGGGUGGGGCACAAAAACGAGAAGGAACAGCUUGUAGAACUGGAGAGUCAUAAAUAGAUAAGACCCGAAAGGGGCGUGUUUGGAGGGGUGGUCCCGCUCCUGAAAUUCAGAUAAUUUGUCUCCAAAAUGCUAAUGUAAAAACUUGGGUUUGAAUCUGCCCCAGGUAAUUUGCUCUGCCUCUUCCUCUGCUCUCUUAUCGUCUGCACUGUCCUUCCAUAAUAAAAACUACAAAUCCCCCUAACAAACUUCCAUGGUUUAAAUAAGCUAAUUAGCUUCAAGCGUCAUAUUUGGCUAAUGUACAGAUAUAAGAGUGGUAAUAAUCUUCUCACUGGCUCUGGCAGUGAAGCAAAAUAAGCACAUUUUCCCAAAACGCGUCUUUGAGAAUAACACUCAAACCUGCUUGUCUCACAGCGCAGUGUCUUUCACAUACGUUUGUCGUCCUCCCUUUAUCCUCCAUCCCACUUCCUCCCAGAACUCCUUACGUAAUGAAAUAUUCCAAAAAGAUCUUUCUAACUGCUGUCAAGCUAGAACAUUACAAUAUAUCACAUUAAAGGUUGGUUAUAAUAUCACAGAUGUUUGUAUGCCAUUCAUGUUUAAAUUGAGCGUGUGAUUUAAUGUAGUGGUUUGGUUUGUAAAUAUUAUAGAUAUUUGGGCUCACAGUAUGCAUCACACAUUUGAUGUAUAAGAUGAAGCACUUUUUAUCCCCACUGCUAUGUAAUACCACGUGUGACGGUCACAUUUGUGUGUGCGAGACAAAGGGCGAGUGUGUCUGUAUGUUUGUAUAUGUUUAUCUAUGUAAGAAAGGGACUGCGUGAAUGUAGGCAUCUAUCUCUUUAUGUGAGCGAGUGUGUCUGUGUGCAUUAGGGUCUGCAGGUUGCUUAUAUGCUAUCGAUUAUAAAUAACAUUUUCACUGUAGAUAUGAGUGCAUUUCUCCAGUCUUUGACGUUGAUUUACAUUUUUCUAGAAGAAUUUUUUUUUUCAUUCUGCACUGUAACCUUUGACAAUAUAAAAGAUGGACGUAACUACUGUGACAUCAACUCAACAGUUUCCAAAGUUGCGAUUUGAAGCUUUGAGAUGAACGUUUCCACUGUUGCAGCCUUGGUUGCAAGAAAUUGGAUGUGAUGACAAACGGGUGGGUCUGACUGUGAAACUGCUUGCUCAUUGGCUACUGACUGGUAAUUGACAAUUUAACUGAUGAGGUUUUUUGAAACAUGGUAUGAGCAAGUUUUACAAAUUAAUUCCUUUUUAUUUAACCAAAUCGAGUAACUAAGAUAAUGAACUCAGCGACAAAGUGUUUACAGAGCUCAAGAAAGAGCCCUUCAUAGGACAGGAAGUGUUUUUUGCAACCACAGCUAUCGUCAUCUGGUGGCCUUCAGAUAGAAUAUAGGUUUUUAGGCACUUCCACAUUGGCUUCAUUUUUUCUGACCAGGAAGCUAUGUCCAUCUUUUUUAUUGUCUAUGACUGUAACACAUGAUGAAACACAUGUAUGGUCCCCAUAUCUGUAGAUACAAACCAUGAAGCAAUCAGUAGCCAUCUUUCAUUGCGCUUGUAGUGUUUUAGUGAACUGCAUGCAAGAAGUGACUACUGUCCGCUCAUAUGGUAAUAUAAUUUCAAAGCCAAAAGAAUAAAGGACAUAUUUUUUGUAAAUGCUUGUUUAUUUUCUCCACUUCCUUCUUUGUCUUUUCUUUCAGGGUCUAAAAGUUUGCUCAUUUGUGUGUGACAUCAGCUCUUUGAUCUGUGAUCUGAACCUGAAGUAUGAUUGCUUUACAGGUUAACAGGAUCAUUCAUGUGAUUCAAGUACAUGUUACACCUGACUGUAUUGAUUUGAAAAAUGUGACAAGUGACUUUUUUUUUUUGUUAUAACCAAAGAUGUGGCAACUAAAAAAGUA